AUGGCUAAGCUUUUCGUCGGCGGUCUGUCUUGGAACACGGAUGAUAACAUGCUCCGUGCCAAGUUCGAGGAGUUCGGUGCUGUUGAGGAGGCUGUUGUCGUCAAGGACCGUGAUACCGGUCGCAGCCGUGGCUUCGGCUUUGUCCGUUACGCCAACGAUGCCGAUGCCGAGAACGCCAUCGCCAACAUGGAUGGCCAAGAGUUCGAUGGCCGCAGAGUCCGCGUCGAUAAGGCCUCUGACCGCGCCGGCGGUGGCGGUGGUGGUGGCUUCCGUCAGGGUGGCGGUGGCUACGGUGGUGGCCGCGGCGGUUACCAGGGUGGCGGCGGUAGCUACCAGGGCGGCGGUAGCUAUGGCGGCCAGCAGUACGGUGGUGGCCAGGGCGGCUACGGCGGCCAGCAGUCUUACGGCCAGCGUAGCUAUGGCCAGGCUCCCCAGCAGGGCUACCAGGGCGGCCAGCAGCAGGGAUAUGCAGCUCCCUAUGGCUCCGGCUACCCUGCCGACCCUCCCAGCAGGGCCAGCAGUACCCUCCUCAGGGACAGUACUAAGCGGCGAUUCGCGCCAAACCUCGUGCUAGCUUAA